AUGCUUAAGAGUCAUCAGCCCAGUUUUGCGAACCGAUCAACGCCGUGCACACAAACGGUCUCACCGACCCGAGCAGAUCCGAAGUCAUCCGAGAUGGAAUCCGGCCCUCGGGGCUCACAGGAUCUCGAGCGCCAAGAGAUAGAUCGCGUGCUACGCCUGAAGCGGAAACAGCGCGAAUCCAAGGCGUGUUAUCCCUGUCGCCAGCGCAAGGUGAAAUGUGAUGGCGAGCAGCCCUGCCGAACCUGCACGCGGAGAGAGCAUCCACAAAUCUGCGCGUAUAAUGUUGAAACGCCUCAAAGCAGGGCGAAGAGACGCUCGGAGCAUAAGUCACCGCGCAGAACCCGGGGUGUUUCGAGUUACUUGGACGUGCAGUCACACUCCCCCAGGAAUACUGCGGACGCUGGAUCGCUUCCCCCCUCUUCUCCCGUCGGUAGCCCUGAAGGCUCCAGGCACCAUGACGACAGCUAUGUCUUCGCGGGAGAUAAUUCGCUUGUGUCGAUGCUGCACCAGCAGGAUCCGCAUGGUUCUAUGGCUCGAGAAGCGACUUCGGUCCUCGGUCUUCAUAAUACAUAUCUCAACUACCCAUUCAUCGAGUCGAAAACGCCACAGGAACGGUGGACGGCCCUUAUUGAUAUUCUUCCACAUAGAGAUGAGGUGUUGAAAUUCUUUCAUUUCUAUCGUAUAUGCGCAUAUCCGUUUAAUCCGAUCCUGGUCGAUGUUGACAAAUUCGAGUCUGAUAUCUGUCUAUAUCUCAGCGCCUAUGCAUCCGGUGAGCUCCGCAAUCGAGGAAGGAUCUCAAGCAAUUGGCUGUCUACAAAGUCAAUAGGAUACUCUAGUCUACUCCUAGCUACUUUGGCUGCCGGUGCACACUUUUCAGACCUAGAGAACCCCCAGCGCUCGGAAUUGUGUCAGGACUUUGUACGGCGUUCAUUCCACGCUCUCCGGCUUGCAAACUUUCUCUUCCGCCCAUCCCUGGACGCUGUGCAGGCGCUCCUGAUUCUGGGCAACACGUUGCAGAACAACGGCCAGUCUGACGCAGCGUGGGCCCUCCUCGGGACCACGGUCAGAUUAGCCCAAACACUCGGCCUACACACUGAAAGAGGAAUCGCCCACUGGCCCGAACACGCAAAGCUAAAGGCGAGAUUACUGUGGUCAAUGACCGUCUGGCAAGACAGCCUGCUCAGCCUCUGCUACGACCGCCCACCAAUCGUCUCAACCCGAGGCUGGGCACCCGACGCCGUAUCCAGCCAGUGCGAACUAUCGUACACCAACGUGAUGCACUACCUGUGCUGGAUAGCCCUGCGAAUUAUAUCUCUCAACGAGCUAGGUGACCCCCAACCACAGAGUAACCUCACCCUCCUCGCAGAGCUAGACAGUACGCACGCGCGCGCGCAACGCCACCUCCUCGAGCGCAGCAGCUGCAAGAACCUCCAGCAGCAUCUCGAACAUCUCGCCCUACGCAUGCACACCUCCUUCUGCGUGUCUGUUCUCUGCCGACCAGCGUUGAAGAGCAGACCUGAUUCGAUCGACCCUCAUACCUUUGAGAACCUGCGCUGCCGCGCAAAAGCAAGUCUCAUCGACGCCGCAAAGGCCUUUCUGGACUUCCAGGCGCUAAGUGUCGUCCCGUUGCGCACGUGGUCGAUGGUGCACACGGUCCUCAGCUCGACGUUACUCCUCUGUAUCUGGCCGGAGACGAGAGAAGACCCCGAAUGUAGAGAUUUACAGCAGCGUGCUAUUGAAGUAUUUUCCGUAUUCUCUAGUGGGAACUCGUCGGCGAAAGAUACGGCACCCUCGGAUUAUACCCAGUGGCUUUCGGCGCGGCAUAUCCGGGCACUCGUCACGCUGAGGCAGAGCUUAGGGAACACUAGUGCAUCUACACCAGGCAGAGCUGCUGCUGUACCGACUGUGCAGAAUCUAGAACCUUCAAAUGUGGAACAGCAGCCGAUGGAUGCUGGUGUUGCGCCGGAGACAAUGCCUAUGGGUGGUUUCCCGGCGUUUAAUGACUUCUUCUCCGGGCCGGGAUACGGCUAUUCUAAUAUGGAUUUCUCGCCUCUGACGUAUCUUGAUUCAAUCAUGAACGUCCCGCUUUUUGAUCUACCAGAGGAGAUCUAG